CCACCACCCCCCGGGCCCUGCACCGGAAGAGGCCCUGCAAAGGGGCCUGUGGCCAGUGCUGAGUCACCAGAGAGGGCGCUGGGCUGUGGCGGACCAGGACCGUCCCAGCUGGAAGUGGGUGACCGCCAGGGCCUGGCAGGAGCCCCAGCUGCUACAGACACCGAGGGGGAGGCCCCUGGCUGCUCACAACUUCCUCCUGCUGUGCUCAGCCCUCCACACAACCUCGAUGCUGCAGCACCCCAGAGGGAAGUCCAAGCCCAGCUUCUCCCUCCCCCCAGACAUCACUCCCUUGCCCAGCACCAAUCGCAGUUUGUUUGGGAGCAGACCCAGGGACCCUGAGCUGGGCCCCUGCCACUCGCAGCGGCAGCUCUCCCCCACACAGUGCUAUCAGAGUUUUCUCCAACCAGGAGGCUGGGGUCCAAGCUUGGGCGUGGCUUCGAGGCCACACAGCUGGGAGCGAGGGGGCGCUGGUCCAGGCAGAUGGGCCCUGUUGUGUGGGAGGCCAGCCCUGCGUGUGGCUCUGCAGGAAAGUGUUCCCUGCUCAGAUGAGUCCAGGGAGGCUGCGCACGGUUUCUCCUGAGUAGAUGAGCCCAUACAGACCCUGGGAAGUCCCUCAUUUAAGAAGCCAUUUUCACUUUGUCUAAUCUAGUGUUUCCCAAUCUGAACUUGGCCGCUGAACCCUUCUCCUUAGAUAUAGUUGUGACAUGCUGGAGAAUUGCCCAGCACACCCGCCUCCCAGCGUGUGUGCUCUUUAACACUCAUCAGCAAGCAAGGGGCCCCUCUCUGCUGGGCCCACACUGAAAGCACAGGCUGAGAGCUCCUCCAUGUCCGCCUUACUGCUGAGGGGACAAGAGGCAUUAGCUGCACCCUGCGGGAGCCUCCUAUCAGAUCCCUACAGUGGGACUCCCACCCUGGCACAGCCCUCCAGACAGAGGCUGGCCCCUGGAGGCUUCCAGACACCCUGUCCCAGCCACGUGGCCUCGUUCCUGUUUCCCUCCCCUACCCUGCAGGACUCGCCUCCACACUUGUGAUGUCUCCUGAAGAUAACUCCGGUUGGAAGUUUCUUCUACCUGAAAUGAAACCAUAUCGCCUGCAGCAUCCACCUGGGGUGCCAGAGUCCCACCUCCAGCACAGUCUUCAUUACUGGCCAUGGCAGGGAGGAGUACAGGUUGGCAUGGGGAACAGGUGGGACUGUGAGCUGGGAGUCUGGGGGCUGGUUCUGGCUGGGUCACUGGCUUGCUGUGUGAUUUUGAGGAAGUUGCUUUCCUUUCUGGAAAAGGGGAGAGGGACUCAAUGAGCUGUAAGGUCCCUCUGAGGAGUCCUUGGACAAAGGAGCCAGGCUGUCAGCUUUGGAGUGACCCAGGAUAUUCUGGGGACGGGAAGGUGGGGUCCCUUCAGCCUUUGGACCUUCUCCCUUGCCUUGUCCUUAACCCACCCAUCCUGUCAGUCAUGCCAGUGUUUCCUGAGCAGCCCCUGGGCCAGCCCCUGUCCUAAGAGUUCACAAGCUGGCAAGGACUUGGGAGCCAGUGUGGCACCCUGAGAGCAAAUACAUGAGGUACCACAGAAGCCCUGCAUCUGUCUGAGAGUCUGGGGUGGGUUCUAACCAGAGGAAAGGACCCUGGGCCUCCACUCCCUGGAGGAGUCCUUCCCCAAAUACCGUGUUGCUGCACAGAGGUCCGGGCCACUGCGCUCUGCAGUCUCAGGGGCUGGGAUGCGGUGCACUGGGGAGGCGUGUGCUCUGUCUCUUGAAGGGUGACCCCCGGUGCCAUGCCAAGACCAGUGGGACUUCCCAGUUCUCAAAGCCCCACUUCCAUUUCUGUUGAUUUGGCCGAGGCACCAGUUAAUUUUGGUUUUCAGCAACCGCAUCACACUGUUCGUCUGUUUAUGGCAGCCAGAAGAAGUGGCAAGGGCCUGGGAGCCUGCUCCUGCCUAGUCGGUUUUUUGUUGUUGUUGUUUUUACGGAGUUUCGCUCUUGUUGCCCAGGCUGGAAUGCAAUGGCACAAUCUCGACUCACCGCAACCUCUGCCUCCCGAGUUCAAGCGAUUCUCCUGCCUCGGCCUCCCGAGUAGCUGGGAUUACAGGCCUGCGCCACCACAUCCUGCUAAAGUUUCGCCAGGUUGCCCAGGCUGGUCUGGAACUCCUGAGCUCAAACGAUCCACCUGCCUCAGCUUCCCAAAGUGUUGUGGUGAGCUACUGUGCCUGGUCUGCCUGGUCUCUCGACAUACCCCCUCCCCCAGUCUCUUUGGGCCUUGCAACCAGGGCACCAGCCCAGCAAGGCAGGCAAGAGGAGCCCCUGGACCUGAUGCCUGUAGCCUCCCAUCUUAAGCCUCUGAAAUGCCCUGUGAAAUGGGAAGUGAGGCUCAGAGAAGUCACACAUUACGGGCUGAGUCUGGGCCAGCAGUCUUGAGGUGUCUACCAGGAUGGCACAUUGCCCCGUACCUCCCAAGUCCUCCCCCCAGCCUCUGUCGGGCUGUCCUCUGGGACUGGCUCAGGGUACACACUCCUCCAGGGCUAUCAGGAUUAAAAUGGAGUUCUCAGCCUUAGGGCCACUCCAGGAUUUCCUGGAAAGUCCUUUGGGCUUGGGGAGGGAGGUGAGGGAGUUUUUAGAGCCCCAGAGAUCUCCCUAUGCCCCUAGCUGCUCUGGGUGGAAGUCCACACAGAGAGCAGCACCGAGGGAUACUACAAACAGGCAAUUUGUCAAAGUGUCUAAAAUGGGAUGUUUCUGCUCCUGCAGCCCCUGCUUCCGACCCCCGUUACCACCACCACUCAGCUGCUGACCUCCCUGCCCACAUCCUGCUCAAGCCUUACCAGCACACGCUACCCAGACUGUCCCAGGCUUUCACAGACAAAUCUGCACAGAGGCUGCCAGGCCCUCAAAGCAACCACAGGGGUUAAGGCGGAGCCAAGGGCCAGCAUUUCUGGAGCUCCCAGGCAAUGCUGUCUGGAUCUGGCACAGCAGGAGAGCCCACGUGGGCUUAGGAGACUGUCAGAUCUGUUUCCUAACUUGGCCUCUACCACUUUUCCAGCUGGGGACCUUAGGCCAGGGGCCUUGGGCUAUUCACCUGUAAAAUGGGGACAGUGAUACCAGCCUCACUGGAGGAUAUGCUAUAGCACGACAAAAAGUCCCACUGUCCUAAGGCAGCUAGACACACACAGGAGUCGCUGGGGCAGGAAUGGGGGUAAGGGGUCUUUCCAUUCCUGACUUGGCAAGCUGAAUAAUGAUGGUAACAAGAAACAACGCAAGGCACUUUAUAAGCAUCUUGCAUCUAUUAAUUCACCUAACGCUUCUGUGAGGUAGGUACUAUUAUUUCCAGUUUACUGAGGAGGAUGCUGAGGUUCAGAGACGUGAAGUGUCCCACCUAAGGUUACCCAGCUAAUGACAGCCACAGCCUGGCCAGCUAGCCUCCUCCACACCCUUAAGCUCUCUCUGUUCCUGCUGCCUGAGCCACUGUGACAGGCAUACUGCCGGGUCCCAGAGGCUUUAGCAGGAGCCAGCUAAGACCAGCCUGGUAGAGAAUGACCCAAGCCAACAGGCCCCUGGAUUGGGGAAGGGCCCCACGAGGGGUUGGCUGGGGAGCUCUGAGGUACCCCUUCUGUGUCUGCAGUUUAGAAAGGCCAUGAUCCCAACACCCACUGAUCAAAACUUCUGAAUCCGUAAGUCUCUGAUUACAAUUCCUUCUAAGGAACAGCCUAUAACCCUAACCCAACCUUUGGGGAGUCCAUCCUUCUACAAUUCAACAUCCAGGUGUGACAAGGGAGGGCCUAAAAUCUACCCAUCACCCAGCUAGGAGGCACAGCAGCCCCACCCGAAUCCGACUCAAAGGCCCAGGGUGUCUCUCCUGCCCAGGACCCUUAGGUCUGGCUGGAGGGGAGUCUGGAGACCAGGGCAGGAGUGCGGGGCAAGAGCUCAGACUGAUAAUAUGGCUCGGGUAGUUUCCACCACAGCUGCGGCUACAACCCACGUGUACUGACCCCUCACCAGGCCGGAGCUGGGGCUCAGGACUGGGCAAAUCUAGGAGGGACAGAGGUAUAAGCCAAACCUUGCCUUCAAGGACUUUCAGACCAGCUACAGAACCAGACAAGCCCAGGCCCAGUGUGGUCUGGGCUGGAGGCUUGGCUGGAACAGCGGGGGCACCACAUAGUCCAGAGACUUCCCGAGGGACAGGAAGGAUGGCACCUGAGGUUCCCUUGCCAUGCCACCCAUAGUCACUGGCCAGCAGCCUUCCUGUUGGGAAAAGGGAGAUGGGGGAGGGAACCUUGCCUGACAUCUCAUCCUGGCCUGAGCUUUGAUCUUGGAGCCUCCCAACUUCCCACCAGGAUUCCACACUCAGGUGGGCUCCCAUCUGGGAGGCUCUGGCCAUAGCAGGCAGCUGUUGGGUUCCCUUCUCAGCUCCUCCCACCCGCAAUGAGGCCUGCCUCAUUAGGGAGGAGAGAAGCAGCCAGUGAGUGUGCCAGGCCCUGGGCUAGGCGCUGGGAGUAUGGAGAUGUGUGGGGCCAAGGUCCUGCCUCUGAGAGGCGCCCACUCUGCACCGGCACACAGUAGUGGCUCAAAUAGUCUCCAACUAAACUGAAACUAACAAAGCAAAGUGCAGAGGGUGUGGCAGGACUCUGGGGCACACCCUCCCCUCUUCCCCAUGCCUGCGGCUCCUGAUGCCACAGGGGGUGCAGGGUAAGGAGAGCCUACUGUUUCCUAAAGGCGCUCACAUCUUGUAAAACCAGCAGUUAUGGAGCACUUACUGUAUGCCUAACUCUGUUGAGUGGAGGGCCAAAGAGGAGAACUACUGAGUUUGGGGGCAGUCAGAGCAGCACCUACAUCAUUGCCCUACAAGAAGGAAGGGGGACUGAGGCUGUUUGCCAGGAGGAAUGAGAGGAGACGGGCUUCACAGAUGGAGCAAACUGCCAGGAGAUGUGGAGAACAGGGUGUCGCAAACCGCUCUGGGAGGGUUCCUGGUGGCUGAGGGGUGGCACGCACCUCCCUUAAAGGGAGCUGGCAGGGGUGUCUUGUCCACUCUGCAGAAUGGGCAGGCCCAGGACAGCUGGCCCAUCAGACCAUUAGAAACAGCGAGUCCGGAGUUCCAGGGGCUUGUCCACGGCCACACAGCAGCCCGUGGCCCCAGGAAGCCAAAGCUCCCAGCCAGUCAUCCAGUGGUGGGGGGUUUAGUUCCAGGGGGCCAGAGGUCCUCUGCGGAAGAGUGUGCAAGGCAGUAUCCGCGGCAGGCCCAGAGGGGCCAGGACAGGUCAGAAAGUCCUACCCCUCUCGCUUGGCACCCUUUCCUCUUUGCGAGGGAUGCAAAGGUUAUUUAUACCUCGGGCCUGCAGGCUGCGGGUGGGGCAGGCACCCCGCCUGGGGCGGGUUGCGGGCGCAGGGGCAGGAACGGGCUUACCUGCUUCCCGCCACCGAGGCUGGGCGGGGCGCUGCGGGGAGGAGGAGCCGGGCACAACCUGUGGACGGCCGCGGCCGGCGGACACACAGCAGCGGGGGCCCGGCCGGGGGUCGCCGGGGGGCCCGGAAGCCGGGGGAGAGCGAGGAAACCAACUUGGAGAGAGGAGUGACCUGGGGGCCGGGGGCGGAGUCGUGAGCGGGGGAGGAGAGAGCCGGCCGCCAGCAAGAGCCGCGCGGCGGCCCAGGAAGCGAGAGCGCCGCCCACCCAUCCGGGGCAAGAGCCGCGCCGCAGGAGAGGCAGGCUGGACCGGGGGCUCCCCGGGCCCGCGACCCCCGCCGUGACCCCGCAGCCCCCAGAUCGCCCCCAAGAUGAUGAAGAGGCAGCUGCACCGCAUGCGGCAGCUGGCCCAGACGGGCAGCUUGGGACGCACCCCGGAGACCGCUGAGUUCUUGGGUGAGGACCUGCUGCAGGUAGAACAGCGGCUGGAGCCGGCCAAGCGGGCAGCCCACAACGUCCACAAGCGGCUGCAGGCCUGUCUGCAGGGCCAGAGCGGGGCAGACAUGGACAAGCGGGUGAAGAAGCUUCCCCUCAUGGCUCUGUCCACCACGAUGGCUGAGAGCUUCAAGGAGCUGGACCCUGAUUCCAGCAUGGGGAAGGCCUUGGAGAUGAGCUGUGCCAUCCAGAAUCAGCUGGCCCGCAUCCUGGCCGAGUUUGAGAUGACCCUGGAGAGGGACGUCCUGCAGCCACUCAGCAGGCUGAGUGAGGAGGAGCUGCCAGCCAUCCUCAAGCACAAGAAAAGCCUCCAGAAGCUCGUGUCCGACUGGAACACACUCAAGAGCAGGCUCAGUCAGGCAACCAAGAAUUCAGGCAGCAGUCAAGGCCUGGGAGGCGGCCCGGGCAGUCACAGCCAUACGACCAUGGCCAACAAGGUGGAGACGCUGAAGGAGGAGGAGGAGGAGCUGAAGAGGAAAGUGGAGCAAUGCAGGGACGAGUACUUGGCUGACCUGUACCACUUUGUUACCAAGGAGGACUCCUAUGCCAACUACUUCAUUCAUCUCCUGGAGAUUCAGGCCGAUUACCAUCGCAGGUCACUGAGCUCGCUGGACACAGCCCUGGCUGAGCUGAGGGAGAACCACGGCCAAGCAGACCACUCCCCCUCGAUGACAGCCACCCACUUCCCCAGGGUGUAUGGGGUGUCGCUGGCAACCCACCUGCAAGAGCUGGGCCGGGAGAUUGCCCUGCCCAUCGAGGCCUGCGUCAUGAUGCUGCUUUCUGAGGGCAUGAAGGAAGAGGGUCUCUUCCGUCUGGCUGCUGGGGCCUCGGUGCUGAAGCGUCUCAAGCAGACAAUGGCCUCGGACCCCCACAGCCUGGAGGAGUUCUGCUCCGACCCGCACGCCGUGGCAGGUGCCCUCAAGUCCUAUCUGCGGGAGCUGCCAGAGCCUCUGAUGACCUUCGACCUCUAUGACGACUGGAUGAGGGCAGCCAGCCUGAAGGAGCCAGGGGCCCGGCUGCAGGCCCUGCAAGAGGUGUGCAGCCACCUACCCCCCGAGAACCUCAGCAACCUCAGGUACCUGAUGAAGUUCCUGGCACGGCUGGCCGAGGAGCAGGAGGUGAACAAGAUGACACCCAGCAACAUCGCCAUAGUCCUGGGACCCAACCUGCUGUGGCCACCUGAGAAAGAAGGGGACCAGGCCCAGCUGGAUGCGGCCUCCGUGUCUUCCAUCCAGGUAGUGGGCGUCGUCGAGGCGCUGAUCCAGAGUGCAGACACCCUCUUCCCUGGAGACAUCAACUUCAACGUGUCAGGCCUCUUCUCAGCUGUUACCCUCCAGGACACAGUCAGUGACAGGCUGGCCUCUGAGGAACUUCCGUCCACUGCCGUGCCCACCCCAGCCACCACCCCGGCUCCGGCUCCGGCUCCAGCUCCGGCUCCAGCUUCAGCUCCAGCUCCAGCCCCAGCCUUGGCUUCAGUGGCUACCAAGGAAAGGACAGAGUCUGAGGUGCCCCCCAGACCAGCCUCCCCCAAGGUCACCAGGAGUCCCCCGGAGACAGCUGCCCCAGUGGAGGACAUGGCUCGGAGGAGCACCGGGAGCCUGGCCGCUGCAGUGGAGACGGCCUCGGGACGCCAGGCCCUGGUGGUGGGCAAGCCCAGCCCCUACAUGUUCGAGUGCAUCACGGAGAACUUCAGCAUCGACCCCGCACGCACGCUUAUGGUGGGUGACCGCCUGGAAACCGACAUCCUCUUUGGCCACCGCUGCGGCAUGACCACUGUGCUCACGCUCACAGGAGUCUCCCGCCUAGAAGAGGCCCAGGCCUACCUAGCGGCCGGCCAGCACGACCUCGUGCCCCAUUACUAUGUGGAGAGCAUCGCAGACUUGACAGAGGGGUUGGAGGACUGAGCCCACUGCACCUGCAGCCACAGGCCCACCCCUCCCCACUCCCUGAUCCCGUAGGUAGAGGCGAUGGGUCACGAGCCAUGUUAAGCACAACCGGCUCCUUGGUCCGGUUCUGCACCAGGGUGGGGCUGGGACCCGGGGAAGGUUUGAGGGCCCUUGCAACCCCCUCCCAGCAGUGGCUGGGCACUCUUUGCUGCCCCAGAAGCUGGUCCCCUAUGGAUUCAUCUUGGCCUGACCCAGCCAGGUGGCCUUAUUUCUUCCCUGUCACCUCCCCUCCUUGAAAUCUGGGCCCUGGUGCCUGCUGAAGAUUCCCUCUAUCCCUGAGUACUUAGUCUUCUCCCCCUCCCCUGGGGCUUCUAGAGCUCUCUCUGCCCCUCAGGUCCUGGCCCUUGGGUCCUUGUCAACCAGAGGUCUAGGGAACCACAACCCUUAUUGUCCUGGGUGGACCAAUCCAAAGGCUAAGUGAUAGUGACUCAUCAGUGUUGGGUCCUGUGGGGUACCAGUUUAGGUUCCUAAGUAACAGUGACCCUUUCAUGUCCUGGACCAAUCGGAAGCCUAAGUGACGAUGACCGUCGCAUGUCCUAGGUCCCUGGGUGGACCCAUCAGGACCCCAAGUGACAGUGACCCAGUGGUCUUUUAGAUCCUCAGUAGAACAGUCCAGAAGCCUGAGAGACAGUGGCCCCUUGAUAAUCUGGGUCUCACGGGACCAGCUAGGGGUCCAGGUUUCAGUCAGUAAAUAAGAGUGGUCCACGUCCUAAAGACACCCCUCCUUUACAAAGACUUGUGAUGCUCUGGGGCUUCUGUGGCCAAGCCCCACCCUUUUCUGGUCAUGGUACCCGUACAGCGUUGAUGGCCACAGCUCGAAGGGGGGCUUUCAUGUCCCCCUGUGCGGUCAGUGUUUUCAGUACCACCUCUCUCCCGUGCCCACUUGGCUAUUUACUUAUUUAUUUAUUGUGUGCCAGUGAUGGUGGGUGGGGGCUGGGCCUUCCCCGCCACCUCCACCCCUGUUGUGACCUGUCCUUCCGUACUUAAUAAAGUGCGCGUGGGAGUGUU